GCUACUUCACUAUAUAUGUACAAGAAUACAAGAAUUUGUGUUUCUAGCAUAACAAGAAAAGGUUUUGGUUUUUAGUAGACGUGUAUUCUCCACCCUCCCCCUUCAUAAAUGAUUGUAUUUAUGAUGGUUUGGUGAUGGGAAAUUAUCAUUUUGAAUUUGAAUGAUGACAGAAAGUUUUGGUUUUGAUGGUGAUGUGCUGUCUGACUUGAUGGGGGUUGAUUUGUUAGUAAAUGUUUUUAUUACACCUUUACUUCCAUAUUGACCUUGUAUGCUUCUUUUUAUGGAAGAUAAUUGUCAUUUUGUCCUCUUUGUAUAUAUGCUUCUUUAUAGAGAUUGUAAUUAGCCCAUUCAUUGAACCUGUUGUAUCAUACUAUCAUAUCUUAAAGCAAAACUAGCUAGUAGUAAUAAGGGUGGCAAUUCUUGGUAGAUUCUGAUAUCUCUUCCCUUAUUUCCCAGGCCUGCAAAGUUUUUUCCUUUUUCUUUUUCAAGAAAAUGCAUAGGUUCAAUAGCCUUGAAUAUUGGCUGGUUUGUAUAAUUGUUCUGGGUUUGUGCAAAUUUUCAAAAGCAGAUGAAGCAAAGCCUCAUCAGUUCUUGGAUUCAGUUUAUCAAUGGAGAUCCGGAGAUGGGAAUCUGAAGCUUGAAGGUCCUGUUUUGGUAGCUGGAGUGCUGUGUUUCAUAGCUGCCACGAUUUCGAGUGCUGGUGGGAUUGGGGGUGGGGGUUUAUACAUCCCGAUUCUGACCAUAGUUGCGGGUUUGGAGCUGAAAACAGCCUCAAGCUUCUCAGCAUUUAUGGUGACAGGAGGCAUAAUCGCCAAUGUUGUUUGUAACAUGUUCAUGCCUAGUCCCAAACAUGGAGGCAGGAUCUUGGUGGACUUUGACAUAGCAUUGUUGUCGGAGCCAUCCAUGUUGUUGGGGGUGAGUGUCGGAGUGAUCUGCAAUGUGGUGUUCCCAGAAUGGCUCAUCACAAUCCUGUUUGCUGUUUUUCUAGUCUGGUGCACUUUCAGCACCUUUAGGUCAGGGAUUCUGUACUGGAAGCUGGAGACGAGAAACGAUGGCUGCUCAGAAAUGGAGACUGGAAUGCUUGAUAAACAGAAUUGUCGUGGAACUGAAGGGGCAGAACAGGCUUUCUUGAGAGGGGAGAUCGCGUGGAUGAAGCUUGGAAUGCUGCUUAUCAUCUGGCUAUGCUUCUUUCUGCUGUAUCUUUUUCGUGGAAACCAGUCUGGGCAUGGAAUUGUUGAGAUAGAAGCCUGUGGAGUGGGGUAUUGGAUCAUCUCAUCAAUUCAGAUACCUCUUGCUGUAAGUUUUACAGCAUGGAUCUUGUUUAGCAAGGAAAGAUGCCAGAGUGGGGAAGAAGAAGAAACCAGAGGACUACCAAACAAGUUCAUUUUCCCAGUAAUGGCACUCUUGGCAGGGUUUCUGGGUGGAGUAUUUGGAAUUGGUGGUGGAAUGCUCAUUAGUCCACUUCUCAUACAAGUUGGAUUACCACCUCAAAUUACAGCAGCAACCUGCUCAUUCAUGGUUUUGUUCUCCUCUACUAUGUCAGCAGUGCAGUAUCUGCUACUGGGAAUGGAGCACACAGAAAGCGCCAUGAUCUUCGCGGCCAUUUGUUUGGCUGCCUCGCUUCUUGGACUGGUGGUAGUACAGCGAGCGAUAGAGAAGCACGGGAGAGCAUCCCUCAUCGUGUUCUCUGUUGGAACCGUCAUGGCUUUGAGCACUGUUCUGAUAACAAGUUUUGGAGCUGUUGAUGCCUGGAAAGAUUAUGAAAGUGGGAGAUAUAUGGGGUUCAAGCCACCCUGUUGAAGUGAGCCACU